CCGUAGGCACCGCACGCUUUCCAAAGCGCUCGGCGGGAAAUAAUAUUACGAACUUUAUAUCGUUAUGCAUAACAAUCUUUUUUCGAUAAGUGUUUGUUUAUUGUACAGUGAAUGAAAUUGAAUGAGUUCUAAAUUGUUAUUGGAUUGUUGAGUGCUGUUCUGUUCAAAAUGGAUGCAAAGUUGUUUCUGAUAUUUUCAGUUUGUGUCGUUGCCACAACGUGUUCAUUGGAGGGCCGAUUUUUAACCAACGACUUUGUUGAUUUGAAAGGAUCUUACAACCCUACGUUAUCUUUAAGUGAGAGAAGACUAAAAAGGAACUUACAAAUAUUGGCGAUCAGUCAUCAUUUCAGUGAAACGACAGUAACUCCAGGAGUCGAUGUCUCACUUCAUUGCACUGUGAACGGUCCACACCCAGCCAGAUUCAUUUGGGAGCGCGACGGGAUCGUUAUCUCAUCAAACACUGAUACCAGAUACGCCAUAGGUCAAGCAAUGACCGUGGACGGUGGUGUGAUGACGCAACUCAAUAUAACCAACGUGAGGGUGGACGAUGGAGGGUUGUUCUCAUGUGUGUCCCACCAUGGGGAUACAGUGAUGUCACAUCAAGACCGAUUGAAUGUUUAUGGUCCACCCUACAUCAGGACAUUACCACCAUUCAAAGUACAAAGUGGUCAAAGUGUUACGCUUAGAUGUCCAUAUUACGGUUAUCCUGUAAGAGAAAUAUCCUGGGAGUACAAAGGGAAACCAGUCAACACCGAACAAGCAACUCCAUCAAAUAGAUAUAAACGUUCCAUUGACAACACUGCCUUAAGUAUAGAAAUAUACGGUCGGAAACCUAAAUUAAGAAGAAGACGAGAUGUGUCUUCUGUUAGUAAUAAUGGUGUUUUAGUUAUACCAAAAGUUUCUAAGAACGAUGGUGGGGCAUCUUAUGCGUGUGUUGUAAAAAGUCCUUCUGGAGAAAUGGCUAAAAGAUCAUUUGAAAUUCAAGUAGUGGAACCUCCACAGCUAGAAGAAAUAUUAUUAGGAAAUGAUCUACAAGAAGGACAAAUAGUUCAAAUUCAUUGCAAUUUAAAAAGUGGUGAUUCACCAGUUUACUAUUCAUGGUUGAAAGAUGGUAAGAAGAUACCGUCACACCUUAAGAUCACAGAGAGGAGUUUAGAAGUAUUUAGUGUAUUGAUAAUCAAAAACGUAUCAUUAGAACAUUGUGGAACUUACACAUGUGUCGCAGCCAACCAUGUUGCCAAAGUUAAUCGUACUGUAAAUUUGUACAUAAAAGUUGCUCCAAAGUGGAGUGAAGAACCUCAGAAUACGUCUUUGUUAUUGACCAGAAAUGGGCAUAUAUCUUGUAGUGCCAAUGGGUAUCCAGAGCCACAAACUCAUUGGCUAAAGAAAGAUGUGGUAUCAGAAGCUUGGCGACCAGUUUUAGAAGUCGCUGGCGGUGGCGUCCUCAGUUUAUCAAAUGGUUCCCUGAUAUUUGAUUCGGUCGCGUUAUCCGAUGCUGGACUUUACACUUGCCAUGUUGAAAACGGAGUGGGAGAGCCUUUAAGCAAAACCGUUUGGAUUUCUGUUAAUAAACCAGUAAGUUUUGAUGUUUCUUCAAGAAACAUGACUGCAAAAUUGGGACAGCAAGUGACUAUAGAGUGCCAAGCUAAAGGAGACGAUCCUAUAAGGAUUAUGUGGACUCGACAUGGGAAACCCAUUAACCCCUUGACUCAAAGAGUCAAAAUAUCCGAAGUGAAGUCUGAAGACGGUAUGACAAGUGUACUUGAACUGAUACAGACAGAAACAAGUGAUGGCGCCUUGUAUCAAUGUAAAGCUGGAAAUCCGUUUGGUGCAGACGUUUACAGCGUACAUCUGACCAUAUUGGAGCCGCCAGCCCCGCCCACAGACAUCUCAAUAGACUCCAUGAAGAGUCGUUCAGUGAAGAUCUCUUGGAGAGACACGACGAGGUCGCUGGCGCAGUUCUACAGCGUGCAGGUGACCCCGAGCCAGAGGUUGAGCUGGAGCACUGCUAGGACUAUCAAUGUGACCAGCACGGGUGAAAUCCGUCACGCAGCCGACAUAGAAGACCUUCUCCCCUCCACUGCGUACAGCGCGCGGGUGGCGGCCGGCAACCAGGCUGACCUGAGCCCGUAUUCAUUGCCGGUCCGGUUCAUUACUACUGAAGAAGCACCCUCAUCGCCUCCCCUGGGCAUACAGAUAGAGCAGACAGACUCUCCCGGAGAGCUCAGGGUACGCUGGCUGCCUCCGCCGGUGGACGCCCAUAAUGGACUUAUACUGGGAUACCGUUUGAGAGCUGUACCCCAGUUGACUGGUCUUAAAGACGCCCAAGAAACGAGUGACAAAGUCAUCAAGACCGGAUCUCUAUAUUCUAAACAGGAGACCACUGUUUCUGGACUACUAAAAGGAGUCAGGUAUGCCGUUUCGGUGGCAGCUUUCAACGGCGCGGGCAGUGGACCCUACUCUAUACCAGUCUUUCAGGACACCAGAGAAGGAGCUCCAGAAGAAGGUCCAUCAUCAGUGGAGUGCGGUGCCGUGACGUCGACAGCGCUGCGCGUGAGUUGGCAACCGAUACCUCCGCACAAGCAAGCCGGCGCUCUGAUUGGCUACUCCGUGCUGUAUGCUGCUCCAGGUCGACACUGGCAGAAUGCUUCGUCCCUAGUCACGGAACUGCGACUUCAAGGCCUCCACAAAUUCACUAACUACACCAUCAAAGUCGCCGGUUUCUCAAACUACGGAAUUGGCCCAUCCUCUUUCCCUAUAAUCUGCUCGACUUUGGAAGACGUGCCGGAUGCUCCAGCCGAGAUAAAAGUUUUGGCGCAGUCAUCAAAUUCACUUCUAGUCAGUUGGAAGAAACCAAGACAACCAAAUGGCAGGAUUAUCCACUAUUCUGUGUAUGUGAAGCCAGCUGCAAGCAACGAUGGCGCCCAAACCCACCGGGUAGACGGUGAGACCGGCUCGGAAGUGUAUGAGAAGACGUACAGUCUGGACCUCAAGGGCUUGAGUGAAGGCAGACAGUACGAUGUGUGGGUGACAGCUUCCACCGUGGUCGGUGAGGGACCUGCGAGCAGGAGGGUCACUAAUACUCCUCAACAGAGAGUAGUGGCAGGCGUAGCCUCCCUAGGUGGUGAAGUCUCAGUGGCUGUCCGCAACUCUCUCCUGCUGGACUGCAAGAGCGUCGGCUCCCCGGCUCCGAGGACCGUGUGGUACCACAACCAGAACAUCAUCACCCACCAUCCACGGUUCACGAGGAACAGGGAUGAUAGUCUGUUGAUUAAGAGUAUUGACCAGUCUCUGAGUGGCAACUACACUUGCCUUGCAAAGAAUCUUUACGGCUCCGAUUCUGUGGUAUACUCAGUCAAAGUAUUGCCCUUACCCGAGCCUCCUAACUUGAGGGCAACUCCUUACAAAGACUCAAUCGUUAUACAAUGGGAUGAGAUGAGACAUUUCAACGAGAGUCUCGACUACGGAUUGAGCUACAACCUAACCUGGCGCGAAGAUGACGGACCAUGGCAAGAAGCUUGGCCGAUGUCACGGGAGACCAGGCUAGCAGGACUGCAGCAGCACACACUGACGGGACUCAAGUGCGGCACCAAGUACUCCGUCAGAGUGACGGUGACUGAUAGUGUUGGGACCUCAAGUCCGUCGCAUAUCGAUGUCACGACUUUGGGUGGAGCUCCAAUCCCACCGCUCACCACUGACUGGCUGUGGAGCAACGCCACCCACAUCUACAUCCAGCUCAGCGGGUGGGACGACGGCGGGUGUGACGUCACCAGGUGGGACGUGGACUACCGGCCGCUGGGCUCCGGCGACUGGGUCAGAGCUGAGAAUCGCGCUUCAUACAACGACAUCGGUCACAGUUGGACAUACAUAGAAGGACACUAUCAAGCACCUCAACUGCGUUCAGUCCCAACAUCGUAUGCAGUUGGCUCUCUCUCUCCCGCCAAUUGGUAUCAGCUGAGAGUGACUGCGAUGAACGAUGCAGGCACUGCUUCUACUGUUUACACUUAUGCGACGAAGACAUUGGAUGGAGAAGAGAUCGGGCCUCCCUCCGAGCUCCUGGACCUCAACACGCUGGUCAUUAUCAGCAGCUCCGUUCUUCUCGUCGCGUGUCUUGUGGCUUUCAUCUGCAUCUUGUUCAGGAGACAUAGACAAAGCUACUCGUCGCAGUAUCGUCACUCCAUAGCCGAUGACGUGAAGUCUCGCAAUGAGAGCAUCGCAUCGCAAGCCGGCGACAGUCAGAAGGACAGAUACGGUCCUGCACAGAGGAUCUACACAUCGCCGGUCCACGUGAGGAAGGCUAGUAAAAAUGAAAUGUUCGAGAUAAGUCCGUACGCGGAGUUCGCGCUCGGGUUCCGUACAUUCGAGCACGUGGAGAACCAGGACCUGCCCAUGCCGAGCCGGCUGCCCAGCCGACCCCGGUUUGAUACAGAAACUAGUUUCCAAACGCGUUCAGAGUCUGAUGAUAGUGACAGCACGUGUAAAGGAGCCAUGUCAGCACCACAAAGACGACACUGCCGGACACCACAUCACAGAUAACAACGGAAAUAGACAUCAAACUUUUAUUAAAUUUAUAAACUGUGUACCUUUUUAAAACGUACAAUACCUACCUACCUACAAUAAUAAUUUUGAUAAACUUACCUACAUUCCUUCUUUUGAUUACGCAAAUGCAUAUCAAAAAUGUUUCGAUCAAGUGUAUCCAUAAACUGGUACCACAUUUGUAUCAUUUCCAGUAUCAGAAGGGGUAU